AUGUGUCAUCAUAUACGCGACAACAACUUGCCCAGCGAACAGGGGCCGUUUAGAUACGCUUGCAACAAAGUCGUCAUAAUUAGCUUAAGCAACUUAAGUAAAGAACUGGAUCGGGGGAGUGACAAUGAGGUAGACUACAGAGCUCGAUUGAGUCUUCGACGUCAAUAG